AUGGCUGCUCGUCCGGCAGGUCGCGCGGGCCCAGGCGGUCGCUUCGCACAAUUCAAGCUUGUUCUCUUGGGUGAAUCGGCCGUAGGAAAGAGCUCGUUAGUCUUACGGUUCGUCAAGGACCAAUUCGACGACUACCGGGAGUCCACAAUCGGCGCUGCCUUCCUUACCCAGACGAUCGCGCUCGAUGACACCACGACCGUCAAGUUCGAAAUCUGGGAUACAGCUGGGCAAGAGAGAUAUAAAUCAUUGGCCCCCAUGUACUACCGAAACGCCAAUUGCGCCGUCGUUGUCUACGAUAUCACACAAGCAUCCUCACUAGACAAGGCGAAGUCAUGGGUCAAAGAACUCCAGCGCCAGGCUAGCGAGAACAUCGUCAUCGCUCUGGCCGGCAACAAGAUCGAUAUGGUCAACGACAACCCCGAUAAGCGCGCGAUCCAGACCGCCGACGCCGAGGCGUAUGCCAAAGAAGCCGGACUCCUGUUCUUCGAAACCUCCGCCAAGACAUCCACUAACGUGAAGGAACUCUUCACGGCGAUCGCAAAGAAAUUGCCUCUUGACCAAGCCGGACCACGGAAUUUGCGGGCAAAUACCCGGCCAGGUGUCGAUCUGCGGCCGGAGGCUACUCAACAAGGCGCUGGUGGCUGUCAAUGCUGA